AUGGGAAUUCAUACCUCAACCCUCCCAGAGGGCCUCCGCGGUCCGGGCCUGAGAGCCAACGGGCGGGCGGGGCAUCUUGGGAAGCGUAGUUCAGCCGUCCCUAAGGAAGAGCGCGCCGCCUGCCGGCAGCCGGACUUCAAAGCCCAGAAUUCAGCGCGGCGCAGGAGGACGCUUCUGUUUCACUCCCGCCUCACGAAGGCAGCAGCGCGCCUGCGCGGUAGCCUCAAGCGUCCAAGAUGGCGUUGGUGCAAGCAGCUGUACCGGUUCGUCUUCCGCCGCACGUCCACGCUGGUUCUCACGGUCGUGGUGGGCGCCGUGAUCUUCGAGCGGGCUUCGACCAGGCCACGGAGGGCGAUUUUCUGCCGCCUCAACGAGGGGAGACUGUGGAAAGACAUCAAGCACAAAUACGAAAUCAAGCAGGAUUGAGACGCAGCAAGCAGAGCCUGGAUUCCGGUCGGAUCCUCCUGCAUCUUCACCCAACAGCCCUUUGGUUUGUGGCCAGCUGUUUGUCCACCAGAUGUUCAUCCUUGGACGAUGGCCCGGCGUGCGCUACUCCCAAGUGAUGAAAAGAUUCAAAGGACACUUUUGUUUCGGCUGAAAAACCGCUUAAUAAAAUGCACCCUCUAAGACAAGUC